AUGGCUCUAUCUUCCACUCACCUGGUCUUUCUCUGUGCCAUUGGCAUCAUUCUCCUGGCGAGACCAGCUCAUGCCUUUGGCGCAGGCAAUAUCGGAUCCACCUCCAAGAUCGAGGGGCAGAAUUGGCGACAUGGUGACCUUGAAGACACCCUACUGACCAUCAUUGCUUCUCGCGCCAUGGGCGGCAAGGAAUUCAGUAAACUUGACGUCAAGAGAGUCUAUUUCGGUAACUGGCUGCGGGAUUACAGCCAGGCUGUGGAUGUUGGCACCGUCAAGUAUGUCAGCGCAGAGGCCAUUCGAAUCUUGCUCUGGGUCCUUGGGUUCAUGUCUUUUGGAUACGGCUCUGGCGAAUUCGAAGUCACCACACAGAGACUCGGUUGCUACAGACCAGAGGAGCACAUUGACAAUCCCAAGGACUAUGCAGACAAUCAAGACGCUAGACAAUAUGACCGUCGCCUCCGCGGCCCGGUGGAUGAACGCCGAGAACUGUCCAUAAACCCCAACACCGGCCUCAAGAACUACAUUGCGUCCGAAGGUAUGGGCAUUGACACGUCGGCCGGGCUUGUGCGGAAGCUCCUCGGCCGGAGCAUUGAACUCGGACGGCAGUAUGCUCGGAACAAGAACAAGAAGGACCUCUACGAAGCGCUUCGCUUGCUAGGCACUGCCAGCCAUUGCUUGGAAGAUUACGCUGCACACUCCAACUACGUCGAACUCGCUCUCAUCGAAUUGGGUGAACGCGACGUAUUCCCCCAUGUAGGCCGCCGUACUGCAAUCCAGCUCCGCGAGGUCCGACAUCCUGUCUUCCCCAUCGUUACAGGCACGUUCGGCGGUGUUGAUUUCCUGCACUCGGUCUGUGGCGAGUUCGACGACAAGGCAACGCAAUCCGAAAUCGAAGAACUUGACAACACCCUGCAGCAAUAUCAGAAUGGGAACCAAGACAACAGUAUCCUCCAAGACCUCCUCGAUAAGGUUCCCUCGGGGGUCUUUGGCGGCAAAGAUGAAUCAGGAAAAGCCAACGAGCUGAAGCAGAAUGCUUUGAAUCAUCAAAUGCAAAACACCAACAUCAGCCCUCGUCAACCAGAGGAGUGGACUCGGUACAUUAACGAUGUGCAGAAGCAGAUCUACCCCAUUAUCGAGUGGCACGAUGAGAUCAUGCAGUCCAUCACUGAAACCAUCGAGAAGAUCCCCAUCCUGCCUGACCUUAUUGAAAACAUCCAGGAGGAAGUCAACAAAUUUGUCUUCUCCCUUCUCGCGCCAUAUGUUGUCCCGAUCAUCAACCAGGUCAAAAACGAGCUCAACACUGGCUCGAAUGAGAUCAUCCAGUCCAGCGUGGCUCAACAACAUAUUGUGUUCAACGAUGACCACUCCUCUGAUCCCACUCAUUCUAUGUUGUCAAAGGAUCAUUUCUCGAAUGUGCUCAACGAGCCCGCAGGGAAAGUGGCGCGACAGACGGUGAAAUGGGUUGUUCCACAGAUCGUUGCAUGUUGGGACGACGAGUCUAUCGAUGUCGAACGCACGCUCAAUCGCGUCAUUCAUGGUGUGCUACAUCACCCCGCCCUGCGUGAUUACGGCCAGGACGGUGCCAGUGAUGGUCGCCGUUUGAUGUUCGGCGUGGUCGAAGAAUGGUGGCGCAGAAAAUCCGAGCGCGAAAAGGACGGUCUUCGCGAACAGCUCAGCCGUCGUGGAGUCGAGACCGGGAGAAACCACAAGCCAGGGGUUAAGGACCAUGGUCAUGGCAGCAACCGUCCCCUUGGCAUGGCAAAGCUGAACUACAACACGAACCAGUCGUCAAUUGGCGGUGGCAUUGCAGGCGACGCGCUCGGCGCCAUCGGUUCGGCGCUAGGAGGCAACAACCAGAGCAAUCAGCGACCACCCAAUGUCCAGAGAAUCAGCGACCAAGCUGGCAGAAUGGCGGGUGAAGCAUUGGGCGGUGGUGUCCUGGGCUCUCUCGUGGGCGGCAUCGCUAGUCAAGUCGGCGGCGAUAUCCUUGGCGGCGGUCUCAAUCAAGGCCAGGAGACCUUUAAGCGAGAGUCAUACAACCGCCAAGAUCAUUCCCGUACCGAGACUGUCACGCAAGUUGGACACUCCCAAGGUGGCGAUAGAUAUGGUCAAGCGCAGUACUCACGGACCUAUGGUGACAGCGGAGAGCGCCGGCACGAAGGAUACAAUCGAUUGGAACAGCGCGAGACAUCAAGUGGUGGUUGGCAGAGCGAGGUGCAUCGUCAGGAGAGAAGUGGAGAGGGACGAUAUCAUGAAGAGACAAGGUACGCAUCUCCUCCACCCGGACCAGCUAAUCUAACGGAGGUCUUUAGACGCUAUGGCGAUGAUGACGAUGAAAGCUCGCAGCGACACCGUCAGGAACACCACCAAGGGCGCCGUCAUGAUGAUGAUGAUGACGACGACGACGACAACAACCACCGCCGCCACAACCGUGACGAGGAGUCCCACUCCUCCGGCGGCUACGGCGGCAGUGGUAGACGCCAGCAGACGGAAAGCUCCAGGUACGGCGGAGCCUCAGAGGGCUAUGGUCACCAGGAACGCCGCGAGCAGUACGGACGACGCGACGACGAUGACAACAACCGAUUUAGUGGUGGAGACCGACGACGAAAUGACAACGACAAUGAGUAUAGCUCUGGCUACGGACGUCAACAGGAAGGCGGCUUCGGCUCCGGAGGCUACGGUAGCCGUCGCGAAGAACCACAGUCCGGCUUCGGGUUCAGUGGCGGUCGUCGAGAGGAAACAGAUUAUGGCUCGGGUGGCUAUGGCGGCGGUUCAGGUUAUGGUCGUCGGGAGGAAACAAGCUACGGAUCCCGUCAAGAAGAGGCCUACAGUGUCCCUGGCGCUUUCGGCAGUUCCCAGCAAGACGAGUAUUCUUCAGGGGGUGGUCGAGAUGAUUAUGGCCGAAGCCAGCAGCGCUAUGGUGGAGGAGACGCGUAUGGAUCUCGUGGCGAGGAGAACGAGGGGUAUGGUGGCGGCAGACGCCGACAUGGUGAGGGUGAAGGCGAAGGUGAAGGUGAGGGAUAUGGCAGCCGUUAUGGAAGCUCUCGAUACUAA